AUGGACCGUUUAAGCCCAUUUCGUGAGGCUUCCAACAGCAAAGUGUUGGGACAGAGUAUUCGGAGAUUCACAACCUCUGCGGUCCAUAGGAGCCGCUGUGAGGAAGGUCCAGGGAAGAAUCUGCCGUUUUCAGUGGAAAAGAAGUGGUGGUUCCCAGCUAUGAAGACUGUGUAUGUUGGAUCUAGAUUUGCUACACCUUUUUUUAUAGUAAGUCACCAACUGCUAAAAAACAAGGAUGUUUCAGUUAAUCCAUGAGACAGAUAUGAAGAGGAGCAUUUUAAGAGGUGCAGUCUCUUUGAAAAAUGGAUCAAACUGUUGACCUUCAACAACACACUAGCUGUGUUUGUAAAUAAGCUUAUGGCAUGAAUCCUUCAUGCUUCUUCUCUGAAAUAUAAAAUGUGACAACUGGGCAUGUGUGUACUUUUUUUUAUUUGAGUGUUAUCCCAAUAUCAAAACAUAUGUGAUUUAGCUUGUUACUUGGUCUUAAAUUCUGAGAUUUUAUUUAAUUAUUAAUCGCUAGGUCAUGACCUUGUUGGUGCUUUCUGUUAUAAAAGAGAAAUGCAAACUUGACUUUAAGUCUAUACUAAUUCCCCUUUUAUUUAAAGGGGGAGAGAAAAUUUUAUUUUUAGUCUUCCCCUUUACUUUGAAGGAGUACAUGGCUUUUUGUCCAUGAGCGAUAAGGGGAAAACCGGUGGUAUAUACAGAUUAAAGUACAAGAACUUCACUUUUUCCCUCUAGACCUAUACCCUAAAACCAGAAUUUUUGUCUUAAUAAAUGUGCCACUCACCAAUAAGAGUCUUGUUUAGAUUGAAUAAAAGGGCCAUAUUUGAAAUGGAA